GGCUACCCUGAAUUUUGACAAUUGACGUAACAUCGAUUGUCCGUGUUUAUAAAAAAGUAAAAAAAAAUCGUCAGCAGUUCACUAAUUGGACUAUUUUCAAAUGGCUUCUAUAAUUUUGCGUUCAAGGGCACUUCAAAAGUGCCCUAGUUUAAAGUGGUCUCUUGCUAGUAUUUCAACAACUUCAAGUCGUCAAAGUGAUGAUAUAUCUAAAGCUAUUAAUCAAAAAGAAGCUCCACAAAUUAACGAUUUGGCCCUUCUUAAUCCUGAGGAAGUCGAACAACGUAAACGUUUACAAGGUUACAUAACAGUGGACGCAACUACUGAUAUUUCUUGUGUGACGGGGGUUCCUGAGGAGCACGUCAAGGAACGUUUGGUGCGUAUCUAUGAACCUGCUAAAAAUGCAAUGCAAAGUGGGACUGACAAUACUGGACAUUGGGAAAUGGAUUUUGAUACUCGCGAGCGAUGGGAAAACCCUUUGAUGGGGUGGUGUUCGACCGGGGACCCAUUGUCCAACAUGAAAAUACAGUUUUCAAGCAAAGAGGACGCAAUUCAAUUCUGUGAGAAAAAUGGCUGGCAGUGGUACGUCCAGGAGAGUUCGUUUGAGAGACCAUUUAAGCCAAAGUCUUAUGGCAUUAAUUUUUCAUGGAACAAACGUACUCGAGUGUCUACCAAGUAGUUUGAAUUAAAAAGAGAUUGAUUAAUUUGGUUUUAUUUUUAAUUUAAAAGCUAUAACUUUGACAAUUUAAAGAUUUGUACACAAGUCUACUCUAGUGUUUCUGCUACUAUAUUAAAAUUAACAAUGAUAUUUAAAAUAUCUGAUGAAGGCAAUCUAGGUAAACGUUAUCACUAGCAAUAUAAAUAGCUAACAAAACAGCAAAAGCUGCGUGUCGAAACGCAGUUUCAGGCACGCGGCCCCAUAACUUUGGCGAUUAUAUACAUUUAUUAAAUAUUUUGGCAAUAAACUUUAUUCAAACCUGCCUCAUAAAAUGCAACAAUACGUUUGUAACAAUUUAUGAAAGUCCUGACGGGAGGAGGUUGAUCCUUCCGUUGGGACCCGUCUUUGAUACACAAUAUCACAAUGAAUAAAACCUUUUUUAGCAUGUAGUAAGGAAGAAGAAAUUUUUCAUAUAAACAAGUUAUAAUUUUAUUUUCAAGCAAUAAAGUAAAGUUGUUCUCUA